AUGGAGGGUGAAAUUCUCAACCCCGUACACGUCAAAAAUCCUUCGGAAGAGCAGAACACCGCUACUGCUGUUGGCCAGUCGGCUCAGCCGACUCCUGUGCUAAGUCAGUCGACUAAGCCUACUUUGGCUGCCCCUAUCGCCCUAGAUGUGCUAGAGUCAGCUAAGCCGACUUCCCUUGCUGAUGCUGCUCUAGGAAGCCCAGAGUCGACUAAGCCGACUUUGGAGUCGGCUGAGCCAACUCUUUCUGUCCCGGGUGCCUCUGAGGUGUCCUCCGAUGAUUUUGCUACUACUGUUUUUGCCCUGGUUAGCAUGGAGAUCCCUUCGGUUCCCUAUGAGGAGAUGGUUGACUAUGAGGCCACCCUAGAAUGA